UGAAUUAUAGAAUGUACAACUAAUACAUUUCUGUAUGGGCUGUUCAUUUCUCAACACGGUUUCCUCUUUCUCUUUUUCCUAUUGAUCAUCAUUAUCAUUUUUAGAUUUUUUUCUUGAUUAAUCGGCAAAGAAUUGUCGGUAGAAUUGAAGCUCUACGGUCAUUGCCGUCCAAGUUGGGAGAUUUUUCUUUCCAAAUAACAAGAAUUAUAAGGAAUUACAAAAGGCACGUUGCAAACCGUGAAGAACUUCGACAUUUUUGUGGUCGACGACCUCAAAUUAUGCAAAUUUGGAAAGGUUGGUGUAGAUGACGGAUGUAUAUGAGCAAGUUCGAUCCAAUGUAACGGUGAAAAACCGGGCAAUGAUUUUGUUUCUUGAUCCUAAAACAUGAUUAGAAUCAAGUGGACAAAAUAAUUGUGGUGUUUUGAUGGGGUACAAAAGGGUAUGGUACACAUUAGCAGUGGUUUUCUCAUUAUGUCUUUCAUAUUCUUCAUCUUCAUUUGGGCAGACCAUGAACAACAGUGUCUCUGCAGCUAAUUCAUUAGAUAUUCUUCUUCAAAAAUAUGCAUUCAAGGAAUUAUUAGUCCAUAAUCGUAGGACUGGUUCUCUCUACCAUUCUGUUCUUCCUACAAAUUUAACGGGCAUUAGAGUAUCGGUUGUCCGGUUAAGAAGCGGUAGUUUUUGGAUUAGAGGAGCGAAUUUUAGCGAUUUUCGUAUACCACCAAGAGUUAAACCAAUUCCAUAUGUGAAGAGAUUAGCCAUAGUUUAUCAAAAUUUAGGGAAUUUAUCUUCUCAGUUUUACAAUGUACCUGGUAAUUAUUCAAUGCUUACUCCUGUUAUUGGUUUCAUUGUAUACAAUGCAACCAAUCUAAACAACGUCAACGGGAUGAAAAAGCUAGCGAAUCUCACCACAACGAGGAACUCGAUAUCGAUUCAUUUUAAACUGCCGUCCGGGUUGAAUAUUUCGCAGGCCAAAUGUGUUAAGUUUAAUGAAGAUGGGUCUCCACAUUUUAGCCAAUUGAAGCAUCCAAAUAUUUGUUUGACUAAUGACCAAGGUCAUUUUGCGGUUGUGACCGUGCGUCCGGAGCCGCAUCCGGAGAAGAAGAAGAAAGAUAAGAGGUUGUUGGUGUGGUUGAUUUUAAGUAUUGUAUUUGGAGUGUUUGCAUUGUUGUUUAUUGGAGUGCUUGGGUUUGUGGUUUAUAGAAUUGUGAAGAUGAGAAGAAUUGGUGCAAUGGAAAAAGAAGCUGAAAAUGGUGAAGCAUUUGAUACAAUAUGGGUUGGCAAUAGUAAAUUGCCUUCAGCUACAUCAAUGAGAACAAAUCCUAUUAUUGAGUAUUCUGAAUCAGCUCCUUAUUGAUUCAAUUCAUUCAUUCAUUCAUUCAAUCUCUGUUUGUGUAAGGAUUUGAUUGCAAAAUUUUGUAUAAAGGUUAAGAAAUUUUUACUCUUUUUGUUGAGAUUUGUAAAAACAUCAUUAAUUUACUGAUAAAAUUGGGAUUUUUCAUCAUGUGAUUAUUCUUUUCCCUUCAUGAGAUUUGUUAGUCACACAUUCUGUCAUUUAUUGCACCAAGAGAAAUUU